AUGUCGGUGUGUGUGACCGCGGCUCCCUGGAGGACCGGGACACAUAAACAGAACCAGGAGAACCAGGAGAACCAGGAGAACCAGGAGAACCAGGAGAACCAGGAGAGCCAGGAGAACCAGGAGAACCAGGAGAGCCAGGAGAACCAGGAGAACCAGGAGAACCAGGAGAGCCAGGAGAGCCAGGAGAACCAGGAGAACCAGGAGAGCCAGGAGAACCAGGAGAACCAGGAGAACCAGGAGAGCCAGGAGAGCCAGGAGAACCAGGAGAGCCAGGAGAACCAGGAGAACCAGGAGAACCAGGAGAACGAGGAGAACCAGGAGAACCAGGAGAGCCAGGAGAGCCAGGAGAACCAGGAGAACCAGGAGAACCAGGAGAACCAGGAGAACCAGGAGAACGAGGAGAACCAGGAGAGCCAGGAGAACCAGGAGAACCAGGAGAGCCAGGAGAACCAGGAGAACCAGGAGAGCCAGGAGAACCAGGAGAACCAGGAGAACCAGGAGAGCCAGGAGAGCCAGGAGAACCAGGAGAACCAGGAGAACCAGGAGAACCAGGAGAACCAGGAGAGCCAGGAGAGCCAGGAGAGCCAGGAGAACCAGGAGAACCAGGAGAACCAGGAGAACCAGGAGAUCCAGGAGAACCAGGAGAACCAGGAGAACCAGGAGAGCCAGGAGAACCAGGAGAACCAGGAGAACCAGGAGAACCAGGAGAGCCAGGAGAACCAGGAGAACCAGAAGAACCAGGAGAGCCAGGAGAGCCAGGAGAACCAGGAGAACCAGGAGAGCCAGGAGAACCAGGAGAACCAGGAGAACCAGGAGAACCAGGAGAGCCAGGAGAACCAGGAGAACCAGGAGAACCAGGAGAACCAGGAGAACCAGGAGAACGAGGAGAACCAGGAGAGCCAGGAGAACCAGGAGAGCCAGGAGAACCAGGAGAACCAGGAGAACCAGGAGAACCAGGAGAGCCAGGAGAGCCAGGAGAACCAGGAGAACCAGGAGAACCAGGAGAACCAGGAGAACGAGGAGAACCAGGAGAGCCAGGAGAACCAGGAGAACCAGGAGAGCCAGGAGAACCAGGAGAACCAGGAGAGCCAGGAGAACCAGGAGAACCAGGAGAACCAGGAGAGCCAGGAGAGCCAGGAGAACCAGGAGAACCAGGAGAACCAGGAGAACCAGGAGAGCCAGGAGAGCCAGGAGAGCCAGGAGAACCAGGAGAACCAGGAGAACCAGGAGAACCAGGAGAGCCAGGAGAACCAGGAGAACCAGGAGAACCAGGAGAGCCAGGAGAACCAGGAGAACCAGGAGAACCAGGAGAGCCAGGAGAACCAGGAGAACCAGAAGAACCAGGAGAGCCAGGAGAGCCAGGAGAACCAGGAGAACCAGGAGAGCCAGGAGAACCAGGAGAACCAGGAGAGCCAGGAGAACCAGGAGAACCAGGAGAACCAGGAGAACCAGGAGAGCCAGGAGAACCAGGAGAACCAGGAGAGCCAGGAGAACCAGGAGAACCAGGAGAGCCAGGAGAACCAGGAGAGCCAGGAGAACCAGGAGAACCAGGAGAACCAGGAGAACCAGGAGAGCCAGGAGAACCAGGAGAACCAGGAGAGCCAGGAGAACCAGGAGAACCAGGAGAACCAGGAGAGCCAGGAGAACCAGGAGAACCAGGAGAACCAGGAGAACCAGGAGAACCAGGAGAGCCAGGAGAACCAGGAGAACCAGGAGAGCCAGGAGAACCAGGAGAACCAGGAGAACCAGGAGAGCCAGGAGAACCAGGAGAGCCAGGAGAACCAGGAGAACCAGGAGAACCAGAGGAGGUGCUCUGGGACCUCUCCCUCGUCGCACAAACAGCCACAAAUCACAGUUUCAGUCACACAGACAAACAUUCUUUUAUUGUGUAUUAAUGAACAUUUUGCACAUGAGUUUCCAUAG